UCCGCCAUUAUUGCACACUUCUGCGGGUUCCGAGAUUUAUUCAUGCAAAUUUACGGAACGAGAGAGAAAGACACAGAAAACCCUUCUGCCAUCGAAUUGAUAGAUUGGAUUGAGAGAUUGAUUGAUGUGUAUCUGUGUGUGUGUAUGUGUGUAUUGCUCCAUGAUUCUUAGACUAGGAGCAGCUCCCCUCUUCCCCAACAAUGUCCGUGCUUCUCGAUCCCUUUUUCUUCUUCUCUUUCUCCUUCUUCUCCUUUCUUCCUCUUCUUCUUCUUCUUCUUCAUGUACUCCUCCUCGCGAUUCUUACGUGGAUUGGACGGGAGCUUUGGGGAUGCGCAGCUUGGAGACGCGGCGGCGGUGGCGGCUUUUCAUGAUCUCAGUCGAAGUCCUUUGCUUAGCCCUAGGGCUUCUAGUAAUCUUAGCGCGAUUGCUUCUCCGCCAUUGCAGUUUGGAGGGUUAGCUCAGGCGAAUGUGGUGCCUUUGGACAUGGUUGCUUCGUCGGCUGGGCAGGAGGUGGAGGCUGCGAGGUUUUGCUUUCCGAGAGGGGGAUAUGAUAAUUGGGGUGAUUCUGGCGUGCUUGUUGCUAGUCCUCGGACUGAUACCUCCACUGAUGUGGAGACUGAAGAAAAGAACCCAUUAAUGUUUGGGAGUGGGAGAGAUGGUUCCGGUGUCCAGAAGGAGAGAACAGGGGAUCAAAAGAACCUUCGCAGGCUUGCGCAAAAUCGAGAGGCUGCCCGAAGAAGUAGAAUGAGGAAAAAGGCUUAUGUUCAACAAUUGGAAAGUAGUAGAUUGAAAUUGAUGCAACUUGAGCAGGAACUUCAAAGAGCACGAUCACAGGGUGUUUUUGUUGCCAAUGGGUGCUCAAAUGAUUAUGGGCAUCCAAUGGGAGCAAAUGGGGUCUUAGCAUUUGAUAUGGAAUAUGCUCGAUGGCUUGAUGAACACCAACGCCAGAUUAGUGAACUGAGGUCUGCUCUAAAUUCUCGUGUGGGUGAUGAAGGGUUGAGGCUCCUUGUGGAUGCUGUAAUGACACAUUAUGAUGAAGUCUUCAAGCUCAAAAACAUUGGUACAAAAUGUGAUGUCUUUCACAUGCUGUCAGGAAUGUGGACAACCCCUGCAGAGAGAUGUUUCAUGUGGUUGGGAGGUUUCCGCUCCUCCGAACUUUUAAAGAUACUAGCAAAUCACCUUGAACCUUUAACAGAACAACAAUUAAUGGGAAUAUGCAACCUUCAGCAGUCAUCCCAACAAGCAGAAGAUGCCUUAUCACAAGGAAUGGAAGCUUUGCAGCAAUCUCUUGCCGAGACCCUUGCUUCAACAUCUCUCACUCCGUCUAGCAGUUCCGAUAAUGUUACAAACUACAUGAGUCAAAUGGCCAUUGCAAUGGGCAAGUUAGGCACACUCGAGAACUUUCUUCGACAGGCUGAUCUUUUGCGGCUUCAAACCUUACAGCAAAUGCAUCGAAUACUAACAACCCGUCAAGCUGCCCGUGCCCUCUUGGCUAUCAAUGACUACUUUUCGCGGUUACGAGCACUUAGCUCUCUCUGGUUAGCAAGGCCAAGGGAUUAAUAGAUGGCAGCAUCCAUCAUUCAUUGAUAUGUGGGUGGGAUUCAUGGAUAGGUCUGAAUGAUGUUAUUGUUACUCCAACAAUACUGCUGUUGACUGUUUAAUGUGCACAAGUCUUAAAGCAAUGAGUUUCAAAGCAAAGUGCCUUAAGUGCAUCCCGUGCGCUUGUGACAUACAGUUCUGGAUAUUUCUGUCAACUAGGAAUUUUCUUAACUUAUUUUUGUGGUCUUUUUUUAUUUUACAAGUGGUUAAAUAGUGUCCAAUGAUGUGCGGUUUGAAUUUAGUUUUGUUCAUUUUACUCUGGCAUGUAUGUCUAUAUGACUAGUGUGUGGCGAUGCAAUUAUGCUUCUUCAUUGAUUGGUUGGUCCAAACUUUAUACCAUAAUUUUUACAUGAGCCAAGAAUAUUU